AUGGAUACGUUGGAUACAGUGCAAAAACAUGAACUUUCGUUUCAGCUUCCACCUACCAAUCAGAAACGUAUGGUAGCAUUCAUCAACCAUUUUAUCGUUAGCACAGUAACAUUCCUAAACAAAUUUGCAUCCGACUGCGAGACGCGGUUUGUCGCUUACGAGCAAAAAAUACAAAACCUUGAAGCUUCGCUCAUGAUCGUGGAAGCAAAAUUGGCCUCUAUUGACGUGCUAAAACAACAUCCCGACAAUAGCUCGGUCGCUAUCGAGGAUAACAAACGGACAAGUGAACCUUCGCCGGCCACCGAACAACAGACGGCAGUACAGCUGGUGGAAGAAAAAGAAUCUCAACCGGAAGAGAAGACUCAACCCAAUCCAUCUGCCCCAGAGAAAGAUCCAAAGUACGAACCGUACUUUAAGAUGCUUCAUUUCGGUGUGCCGCUCGGUGCUGUGAAAAACAAAAUCGCUUCCGAAGGCUUGGACCCCAACUAUAUCGAUAAAUUUUUAUAG